AUUUUACAACCGCACAAACAAAAAAAUCAUCACGAAUAACGAGUACCCGAAGUUUUGGAAUAAAUACAAAAUCAUUAGGUACAGAUUUUGAUUGUCCAGAAGAAUUUGGUUAUUAUCCACAUCCAUCUGAUUGCACACAAUAUUAUGUAUGCGUUUUUGGUGGAGCAUUAUUAGAAAGUUGUACUGGUGGUUUAAUGUAUAGUCAUGAACUUCAAACGUGUGAUUGGCCACGAAAUGUUGGUUGUGAAGUCACUGAUAUAAAUAAAAGACUGCCAUCACAACAAUCAAAAUCAUCAUUGCAAUCAUCGCAACCAAAAGUACAAGUGAAUGUACCACAUCGUGUACGUUUUGGAACAAUACAAAGUUCAACACAACAGCCACAACAAUCAAAACCGACAAUUGCUCAACAAUAUUAUAAAUCAACAUCACAACCACAACAACAUCAAACACAACAACACCAAACACAACACCAAAUACAACAACAUCAAACACAACAACAUCAAACACAACAACAUCAAUCACAACAGCAACAUUCACAAAAACAACAACAUUCACAUAUUACAUUACCACCACCACCAGAAUAUGCAAAAGUUGCACCAAAUCCAGUUAUUACAUCAAGAGGUCAACCAAAACCAUUUACUGAUAUACACGAAGAAGAUAUUGCCAAACUCUAUGCCGAAGCUCACGAUACUUUACCACCAGCCGAAGAAGAAGAAAAUGAUCGUCAACAGAGAGUGUAUCGUGGUCAACCAAGUACUGUUGGACAAGUUCAAAGAGAUCGUGAUGGCAUCAUUCAUCAAGCGAAUGUUAAUGCAAUUCCAAAUCACGGGAAAGUUGGAUCAUAUGCUUUUAAUCAAUACAGGGUCGAAACUAAUUCACCAUCAUCACCACCAUCACAAGCAGCAAAUAUAUUCAUUCAACAAAGACCAUCAAUUGUUGAACAAAAUUCACGUAUUAAUAAUAACAAUAAUAAUAAUAAUAACUAUUAUAAUGUAUCUAAACAACAACAACAACAACAUCAACAACAAAAUUAUGAUCCAACACCAUUUGAUUCAUAUUAUUCAAUAUAUGAUGAUGAUGUUGAUAUAUAUAGAGAUGCAGAAUAUCAACAAAAACAACAACAACAACAACAACAACAACAACAGCAACAGCAACAACAACAACAACAGCAUCAUCAUAGAACAAAUAAAGUUCAAUCAUCAACAUUUCGACCAGAAAUUAUAACAUCAUCAACAGUACCACCGCCUAUUCCAAAAAUUCCAAUCCGUGAAACAUAUGUUAAUACAAAACAGGAAACACAAUAUGAUCCACCAUCUUUGGUUUAUACAUCUGACUAUGAUGAUACACUUAUCUCCCAAAUUGAACAGGAUUCCGAUUAUAAUCAGCCGACAAGAGGUCCUCCAAGAUCAAGAAUAUCAGAUGAUGAUAUUGCCAACAAAACAUCCAAACCUAAAACUAUAUCAUUAACAACAAGUUCGGGUUCUAAUAACAAGAAAAAUGAUAAAUAUUUGUAUCGUCAUUCCCUUUUGGAAUCAUCCUCUAUUCCAAUACCAGAUAUUCAAAUUGAUCCAUUUUCCUCAAAUCCUUCUCUUCCCAAUCAUAUACGAAAUGUUGAAAUACUUGAAACUGAUAACAAUCCAAUAAACGACAGACAAACAAAUAAUUUAUCUCAAUACGACUACAUAACACAACCUAGAAUUAUAACAUUACCACCUAACAAAAAUUACGUUAGAAAUAACAUUAACCCAAAUGCUAAAGCUUUCUCUGAUAAUAAAAAAGAAAAAAAAUCCAGUAUAUCAUUAAAAAAUAGUGAACGUGAAAUUGACGAUGAUGAACCUAGAAAACGAAUUUUAAACUUUGUUGUUUCUGAUGCUGAACCCCAAGCUUUUAAACCAAGUCCAAAUAGAUUGGCUCAUUCGUCUUCGUCAUCAACUGAAAGUGCUAUAAAAAGUACAACGCGGUCUCAACCAUUUAUUUCUACAGCAUCAGCCUUUUCAACAACAUUGAAAGUAACAUCUCCUGAAAAUAAAAACGAUAUUAUCACAAAAAUCCCAAAACAAACAACACAAUCUACGUUACCAUUAAGGGGACCUACACAAAAUAGCAGAGAGCGUGAAUCUUAUUUAGAACACAAAACUCAUACAUAUAGUUUGAGUUCAAGUUUGACUGGGUUUAAUUUAAGAUCACAAUCUGAUGAAUCAACUAAAAAUUAUGGAGAGGAAGUUCCUUUGUAUGUAAGACCACCCCAAAGACAUGCACCGAUGAAAGAUCAAAUUAUUGAUCCAACAACAUAUGCUCCACCACGUUCAUGGAAAUUUAACAGAACAAAUAAUUUAAGUUAUUCAGAUAAUGGAACAAACACCCUUGAUGAUAACCAAGAGUCUGAUACAUUUUUAGCUCCAUCUAUUAAAGAGGAACCUUCAAAUGCAAGUGAUGUUGGAAUAAAUAAAUUCCAAAAUGAAAAUACAAGCAAUUCUUUUGCUAACCAAAAGCUUGUUUCAAAUGAAAAUAUAUCAAUAACAGAACGUCCACCUUAUCAAACUUAUACAACGAGAGCUUUAAUAUUCAAAGAUAAUUUGAGUAAAUCAUACGAAACAACAGGGCCAACAAAGUUUGUGUCGCCGUAUAAAAGUUUAGAAACAAUUUUGCAAGACAAAGAAGAAAAAUUCAAAUUUACCACUAACAAGCCUCAAUUAAAAAAUAGAAUUACAUCUCCCACCCCAUUUUUGUACAAUCCACAGAAAAUAAAUAAAAAUGUUUUUGCAUUAAACAAUACGGCUCGGAUUUCUAGUAAUUAUACUCCAAAAUCCCCCAGCGUUUAUUAUACAACACCUUUUCAAAAAAUUAUAACUGCUGCUUUGUCUUCAUCUCCUUCUAUAUCAUCAACUCCAUAUAAUUUGGCAACAAUCAGACAUCCUAGUUCAACAACUAUCUCAACUACUACUCCUCCAACGUCUUCCACAACACCAAUUAGUACAACCCAAAAAACUACAGCUCAGACCAUUCCAACAACUACAUCGACAACCACAUCAACAACCACAACUACAACCACCACAACUACUACAACUACAACAACGACCACUCCACCACCUUUUAUAAAUUCAUUUAGUGGAACAUCACCCAGGGGUAUUUUUUCCAGCACAACCUUAAUGUUUGACAGAUCAACUGAAAAUUCGACGUUUUUAAAUAACAGUGAGAAUAAUGAAAAUAAUUAUAGAGGUCGAUCACGUUAUACAAUUGGAUUUUCAAAUUCAUUAGAAACUGAUGAACCAACUACUUAUGCACCAAAGUUAAAAUUACCAUCAACUCAAAGUGACCCUGUAUACAACCCAAAAAGAAUAACAAUUCCUUCAACUACUGCUUCUACAAUAGCAGAAUUAUAUAAAAGGAAGCAACCUCGUACGAAACCUACAACGCCACGGGUGUAUGUUACAAGACCGCGUUCAAAAUCACGUUUUGAGUUUGCAGCUCUAAUAUCUGAUUCAACUGAACCACCUCUUUCAGAAUAUGGUUCUUCUACGGCACAAGCGACGUCCAAAAAAUUGGAGGAAUUAAUAGCGGUUUUAGAAAAUUUAUCAACUGAAUCAUUACAAAUGCCAAAUUUAACAUUUGGUUCAGAUUAUUUUAGUAAAUUUAUAACCAGUGAACCAAAAACUUAUCAAGCAGAAAACGAAGCCGAAAAAGUAGUUGAAAUUACAGACAGACCUGCUCAAUUUUUUUCAAGAUAUCGUCAACUUGCUACCGAAAAAUCAUUAGCUAGUGCAAUACAAACAUCAUACCAAAAAGAAUCUGAAAGCAAUUCUAACGCACAAAAUGAUAGAAAUGAUUCAGGUGAAGCGGAAAGACGUUUCGGAAAAAAAUUCGGAAUGAUUGAUUAUGUUAGUAGUAAAAAUUUUAAACCAGAACCAAGAAUAUCAUCUUCAACACUAAGAGAUUUCCAAAUUCCAAGAAGAGAAUAUAUUGAAGAUAUCACUGAGGCAAUUGGUGGUACAUUAUCUAUUGAAACUACACCAUCAACGUAUACCGAAAUGACAACAGAACCAUAUUUAGCAUUUAUAAACACAACAUUGACCGAAUAUUUGACAGAACAGUUAAAAAACUUGACAUUACCUAAUACAACAACAACAACAUCGACUACAACAAGUGCGACAUCAACAGAAAAAUUAACAAAUACGACAUAUCCAAAAUUAUUGCUCCCACCCCGCGCAUCCAGAGUAAAUAAUGCCAUCAAAACAUCGAUAGCUGCAUCAAGUAGGAGUAAGGUGAACAAUCAAAAUGUGAAUUCCAAAUGUGCAGAUAAUACACCCAAUGCCAAAUGCAACGAAAUACCUUCGAGAUCCAAUAAUAGAAAUAGAGGAAGUGGUUCACAAUAUUCCAUUUCAGAUGUUGAUAAACAAUUAUCAACUGUUACUUCAAAUAGAGGAACACAUCCACCACGUUCUCGUCCGACGUUAAAACCAUCUGGAUCAAUAGUAUCAAAAGCAUCAGAAUUCAUUGAUAUAUAUAGAUAUCCACCAUCAAGACCAAAUCCAAUUUAUCCGCAACCAACACCAGAUAAAACAGCAGCUAAAUGUAGAAAAGAUGUAUGCUUAUUACCUGAUUGUUAUUGUGGAGGAAAAGAAAUUCCAGGCGAUCUACCAAUUGAACAAGUUCCACAAAUAGUUUUAUUAACUUUCGAUGAUUCGGUUAAUGAUUUAAAUAAACAAUUGUAUACUGAUUUAUUUGAAAAAGGACGCGUAAAUCCAAACGGAUGCCCAAUUACUUCAACAUUUUAUGUGUCACAUGAAUGGACCGAUUAUAGUCAAGUACAAAAUUUAUAUGCCGAUGGUCAUGAAAUGGCAUCACAUACUGUAUCUCAUAGUUUUGGUGAACAAUUUUCACAAAAGAAAUGGACACGUGAAGUUGCAGGACAACGUGAAAUAUUAGCUGCAUAUGGUGGUGUUAAACAAUCUGAUAUACGUGGUAUGAGAGCACCAUUUUUAUCGAUAGGUGGUAAUAAAAUGUUUAAAAUGUUAUACGAUUCAAAUUUCACAUAUGAUUCAUCGAUGCCGGUCUAUGAAAAUCGUCCACCAAGUUGGCCAUAUACAUUAGAUUAUAAAAUUUUCCAUGAUUGUAUGAUACCACCAUGUCCAACAAAAAGUUAUCCUGGUGUAUGGGAAGUUCCUAUGGUUAUGUGGCAAGAUUUAAAUGGUGGAAGAUGUUCAAUGGGUGAUGCAUGUUCAAAUCCAGCUGAUGCUGAAGGUGUUUAUAAAAUGAUUAUGAAAAAUUUUGAACGUCAUUAUACAACAAAUAGGGCACCAUUCGGUUUAUUCUAUCAUGCUGCUUGGUUUACACAACCACAUCAUAAGGAAGGUUUCAUUCAAUUUUUAGAUACAAUUAAUUCUAUGAAUGAUGUUUGGAUUAUUACAAAUUGGCAGGCAAUACAAUGGGUUAGACAUCCUACACCAAUUUCUAGAUUAAAUCAAUUCCAACCAUUCCAAUGUGAUUAUUCGGAUCGUCCAAAAAGAUGCAAUAAUCCAAAAGUCUGUAAUCUUUGGCAUAAAUCUGGUGUAAGAUAUAUGAGAACAUGUCAACCUUGCCCCGAUAUCUAUCCAUGGACCGGUAAAACUGGUAUUAGAUCUUCGAGAAUCGAUAAUGAUAUUGAUGAAUAAUUUAUAUUUUAAUAAAAAAAAAAACACUCUUAGAAUUAUAAUUUUAAAUAAAAAAAUUUUAAAAAAAUUUUGUAAAAAAAAAAAAUUUUAAUAAUUUUACAAAAAAUCAAAAAAAAAUUAAAAAAAAAAAACAAAAAAUUUUAAAAUAUUUUUUUUAUAGCUAGAAAGAAUUUGAGUUAAACAAUUUGAGUGAAAAAUUUAAAAAUUGAAAAAGAAAAACAUUUAUUUUCCACCCACUUUGAAAACAUAAAAAACACAAAUAAAUUAAACUCAAAAAUUUCCACUCAAAAUAUUUAUUCGAAAAAUAAAAAAUCUUAAUUUUUUUUGUAUUAUUUAAUUUUAUUACAUAGCCAUAGUUUAUUAUGAAUUUUAGAGUAAUUUUUUUUUUUUUUUUUUGAUAUUUUAUAUUUUAAGAUUUAAUAAUUAUUUUAUUGAAAAGAAAAAAAGUAAACUAAAUGCCAAUUUAAUAUAAUAAAUAAAAAAAAAAAACAAAACUAAUAAAUGUAAAAAGGAAGAAGAAAGCGACAGACAGACAAAUUCAAAUUUGUGAUAAACAACGAAAACAAAAAUAAAAAAGACAUUAAAAAUUCAUUUAAAAUAUGAACAUUAAAAUCAUCAAAAUUAUGAAAUUCAAAACAAAAUCUUCAUUGUGUUAGAAUAAAAUAAAUUUCCAAAAAUUAAUUUACAAAUUCUUUAAUUUGUCAAAAUUUAAAUAAAUUUAUUUUUUGAAAAUAUAUUUUAUUCGACAAUUUCAUGUACAAUAUUUCAUUUUUCAUUUUAUAUUCUAUAUUACACAAUUAUCAAGCUAUAAUAGUUGUUAAAAUUCAGAUAAAAGACAAACCAUUAAUUGAAAUAUAUAAAAAAAAAAUUUAUGGAAAAAUUGUUAAAAAUAUUUUAUGGAACAAUUAAAGAACUUAAUUUUAUGCAAGUACCUUUGACCACUAUUUCAAAAUACAUAAAUAAAAUAUAAUGAAAUGAAAAUGAAAUUUGAACAUGAAUUUGUAUAUGAACAAAAAAAAAA